GCUACGCUUCAUGUCCUUUUGCUCUCACAAAGGUAAUAAUCCUCAGCCUGUGGGCCCUAAGUCAGAUCUUUCUCCAUUUGAACUUUUUCAUUAUGUCACUCCAGGAGCAUACGUCCUAUAUUUCUGGUGAAGAUAGGAUUACAAAGGUAUUGGUACAGCGGUAUUACUCAAUCAGGCCCUCUCUCCUCAGUCAUCAGGUUAUAACACUAUUAUCGCACCAUCUUGGCUUCCUCUUAACCAAUCCCCUCGUUACAGAAAGUCCAGGUCACUGGAGCAUUUACCCUAAAUUCAAUGACGAGGGUGUCGACAUCCAACACCAAAAUGGUUUUGUCGCGACGUAUCGCCAAAACGGCACUGAAUGAUUGGUCGGAAAAAUACCUUGACGGGUAAAUCCUUAAAAUUUGUACCAAGCGGGCUCCUCUUUCGGUUCGCGAGACUGUGGAGUUGAAGGAUCUUCUAUAGCGUUGACGGGACAAAAAUCGCAAAGCUUGUUACAAAUAGAAUAGAAUACAGUGAAUAAAUUAC